AGUAGGGUUUGUAUCCUUAUGGUAUAUUUGUUUGUUUAUUCCCAAGCUCCAACUGUGGAAUGUGAACAAACACAUCUUCCUGAAUCCAACUUUCUUAUUAAAAUAAUAUAAAAUAAAAUAAAAGGGAAAGUAAUUUCCCUCUUCAUAUUCCCUUUUUCUUCUUCCUUAAUUUAUACUGACACACCCACUACCAAAUGUUUGAAUUCCCUUUUUUUUUUUUUUUUUUUUCUUUUCUUUCUGUUUUUUAGCAAAUUGAUUUCUCUCACAGUUCGAUUUCUCCAGGAAAGAAACAAGAUUAGUAACAGUGAUAAUAGAGGUCAAAUAGUCAAAGAAAUGUUUGACUAAUGAUGGCUUGUCUGGUUCCAUUUGAACACACAUUGUUCCUUGCAGGAAAGAAGCUGCUUGCUUUCUUUCUUUCUUUAUCACUCCCAAACUCACAAUUCCAAAUCGACUACUUACUCACCUCAGAUUUCAGGAGAAAAAUUGAAAAAGUGAAAAAGCUAAUUAGCUUAAUAUUAUGGUUCUAGAAAUAUCAGAUUUAUAGCUUUGAACUUUCUUCUUCUUCUUCUUCUUCUUGUUAUUGUUGUUGUCGUUCUUGUUAUAGGUAGAUGGAGGUGAAGAAGGAGAAGCUUGUCAGAUUUUACUCUGCUGGGAAAAAACUUAGAGAGACAUCAUGGCGCAAAAAUGAUGCAGUUCACCCAGAGAAGUCUUCUUCUAUGGACAAGUUUUCAUCUGCUUUGCUCAAAGCUGACAAUGGGAUGAUGGGUAGUAGAAAAGUAGAAGCUUGUAAAGUUGGGAGGUCUAAGGUUAUUCCAACAGACAAUCCGCCAUGGCAUCAUAAGAUCCUUGAUCCAGGAAGCGAUAUUGUGCUGCGAUGGAACAGGAUUUUCCUUGUCUCAUGCUUGCUGGCACUUUUUGUUGAUCCACUUUACUUUUACUUGCCAACUGUUGGAGGGAAUGCAGCAUCUUCAUGUGUGAAUACUGACUUUAAAUUGCGGAUAGUUGCAACAUUUUUUCGGACAAUUGCAGAUCUUUUCUAUUUGUUGCACAUGGUUAUAAAAUUUAGAACUGCUUAUGUUGCUCCAAAUACUCGUGUCUUUGGAAGGGGUGAACUCGUUAUGGAUCCAAAGAAGAUUGCACGGAGAUAUAUGAAAUCUGAUUUCUGCAUUGAUCUUAUUGCGACUUUGCCUCUUCCUCAGAUAGUCAUCUGGUUUAUCAUACCGGCAGCAAGAGGUCGUCAAACUGAUCACAAAAAUAAUGCCCUUGCAUUAAUUGUUCUUCUACAAUAUAUUCCCAGACUAUAUCUCAUUUUUCCUUUGAGUUCUGAAAUUAUCAAAGCAACUGGAGUAGUCACUAGAACAGCUUGGGCAGGGGCUGUAUAUAAUUUGCUACUUUACAUGCUGGCAAGCCAUGUUUUAGGAGCAGCAUGGUACUUGCUCUCUGUUGACAGAUAUAAAUCUUGCUGGAAAUCAGAGUGUAGAAGGGAAAAUGGGCCUAUCAAAUGUGUCCUCCGUUAUCUAGAUUGUGAUACUUUUAACCAUGGUGAUCGGGAGACAUGGGCAAAUAUUACAACUGUGUUCAGGAACUGUGAUCCAAGCAAUGAUAUCAAUUUCACUUAUGGUAUCUUUGAAAAUGCAGUGAAGAAAAAUGUUGUAUCAUCUAACUUUGCUGAGAAGUAUUUCUACUGCUUGUGGUGGGGCUUACAGCAACUAAGUUCAUAUGGGCAGAAUUUGUCAACUAGCACAUUUAUUGGGGAGACGUCAUUUGCCAUACUCAUUUCGAUCGUCGGUCUUGUUCUGUUUGCUCAUUUGAUUGGCAAUAUGCAGACAUACCUUCAGUCUCUCACUGUAAGACUCGAGGAAUGGAGACUUAAGCGAAGAGAUACCGAGGAGUGGAUGAGACAUCGCCAACUCCCUGAAGUUCUAAGACAACGGGUUCGGCGCUUUGUUCAAUACAAGUGGAUUGCAACACGAGGGGUCAAUGAAGAAUCUAUCCUGCGUGGUUUGCCUACUGAUCUUCGUCGUGAUAUCCAGCGCCACUUAUGCUUGGAUCUUGUUCGACGUGUCCCUUUCUUCUCACAGAUGGAUGAUCAGUUGCUUGAUGCAAUAUGUGAGCGCCUGGUUUCGUCGCUGAGCACUGAGGGUACUUAUAUUGUUCGUGAAGGUGAUCCUGUGACUGAAAUGCUUUUUAUUAUCAGAGGUAGACUGGAGAGUUCUACUACCAAUGGAGGCCGCACUGGUUUCUUUAACUCAAUUAGAUUGAAACCUGGAGAUUUUUGUGGAGAGGAGCUACUGUCAUGGGCUUUGCAUCCAAAAUCCUCUCUCAACUUGCCUUCCUCAACUAGAACAGUCAGAGCUUUAAAUGAAGUUGAAGCUUUUGCAUUGAGAGCUGAAGAUCUAAAGUUUGUUGCCAACCAAUUCAGACGCCUCCAUAGCAAAAAGCUGCAACACACAUUCAGGUACCACUCCCAUCAUUGGAGAACAUGGGCAGCCUGUUUCAUUCAGGCUGCUUGGCGUCGGCACAAGAAAAGGAUGACUGAGAAUAGUCUCACAGUUUCGGAAUCCUUUGCGGUGGAUGAAAUAGAGGCUAAUGAAAUAGGGCAAGAUGAAGAGGACCAUAACACAGGUGGUUUAACUUCUUCUCAGGCAAAAAUGAACCUUGGGGUUACGUUGUUGGCUUCAAGAUUUGCUGCAAACACAAGGAGAGGAGCACAAAAGAUGAAAGAUGUUGAGAUGCCAAAGCUACCAAAGCCUGAGGAGCCUGACUUCUCUGCUGAUGAUGACUAGUGCUUAAAUUAGGAGAGGGGCAUGGAAUAUCUUCAGCUAUUUCUCCUAAGAGUUCAAAAACUGUUUCAGAUGCUUGUCAGAAAGCCGUCAGGAUGGUCCUGAAAUUAGGUAUCCUACAUGUACACUUAGCUAACAAUUUUUAAUAUCCUUUUGUUCUUUUACUUGAGAGGAAAAGGGUGGAGGGAGUGGUUCUGUUGUAACCUGUAGUACCUGUACAUUUGUUGUAGACUAGUCUUGCCACUCAUAAAGGGCUACUGAUUGAAUUCGAGCAAAAGAGACUCGCUCUCAAUUUACUGUUAUUUACUUGAGAUUUUA